AUGGUGGCUUACAGGUUCCAUCAGUACCAGGUGGUGGGGAGAGCCCUGCCGACGGAGACGGAGGAGCACCCGAAGAUCUACCGGAUGAAGCUCUGGGCCACCAACGAAGUCCGCGCAAAAUCUAAGUUUUGGUACUUUUUGAGGAAGCUUAAGAAGGUGAAAAAGAGCAAUGGUCAGGUUCUUGCUAUCAAUGAGAUUUUUGAGAAAAACCCGACUACCAUCAAGAACUAUGGGAUUUGGCUGAGGUACCAGAGCCGAACGGGCUACCACAACAUGUACAAGGAGUACCGUGACACCACUUUGAACGGUGCUGUCGAGCAAAUGUACACCGAGAUGGCUUCCCGUCACAGGGUCCGUUCCCACUGCAUCCAGAUCAUCAAGACUGCCACAAUCCCGGCCAAGCUCUGCAAGAGGGAGAGCACGAAGCAGUUUCAUGACUCGAAGAUCAAGUUCCCAUUGGUGUUCAAGAAGGUGAGACCACCCACAAGGAAACUCAAAACCACGUACAAGGCAUCCAAGCCCAACUUGUUUAUGUAA